CUGACAAAUCGGCCUAUGUACAAACGCUUGCACCACCCGGUGACGUUGGUCUCGGACCAAGAGGCAUUGCUGUUUAUGUGGCACAGGGAUGAUUUUGCGACGGACCCGCGGGGUUGCAAGCAAGGGCGCUGGCAAGACAAGAGGUGUGUAUAGACAUCGAAGUCAGGAUCCUGCACUUGCGGGUCGUCGACAACGGUCCUGCGUACAUGUUGAGCCAUCAUGGAGCAGGUGCGGAGCCAAGGGUUGAACACUAAGAGCCGGGUCACCUGGUGGUAUCCUGUGGUGUGUGACGCUAAGCAUAGGACUAAUGAGUAUAAGGCGGCGACGUUCGUCUUUGAUAAAGCAGAGCGCGCGUGGAGACCCCUUACCCAUGACGCGUUCGCCCUACCUGGGAAUCAGCAAUUGCCCAAGUAUUUCUCCCCAUCCACGGAUGAGGGUGCGUUGACGUGAGUCCUGGCUGGGCCUGAACAUUUGGUCCAAUGUACCGUGUGAGGUAAUUCCCCGUGUCUUGGCGAAGGUACUCAUCGAGCAGUUAGAGAUCACUUUGGCGUGCCCCUACAUGCCAAAUGAGGAUUAGCAGGG